CGUCUGCUCGUUCAGUGAUCUACUUUGGCUUAGCCGUGCACUCUCCCACUUUCACUUCCAAACCCUUUCUGUCGCGAUCUAAGUAGUCCCACACUAACCAUGGCAAGGAACUCUGUGUCACCUCCUCGCCGUCCAGAGCGCUCAGGAGACCGCUACAGGGAUGCCCCAGGCUCUUCACGGGACUACCAGUCGCGCGACCGAUACUCGCAACGGCCGGAGCGCGAGGACAGGGACAGGAGAGAUCGUGGGUAUGACGAAAGGAGACGGGGUGGGUACGAUAGGAAUCGCCCUGACAACAGGGGACGCACUCGCCGAGACCGUGACGACGACUACAGCGACCGCCAGAAGGCAGACCGGGACCGAGAUAGAGAGCGGGACCGAGAACGGGGGAGGAAUAGAGACGAACGGGCAGGUCCGUCCGGCCGUUCAGCAUCGCCACGGCCACGACAGUCGAGGGACGGCUCGCAAUCGUCCUCCAAGCGUGAGGGCACUCCAGAGGACAAGGCCAAACCGAAUUUUGCGCCGUCAGGACUGCUUGCUGAUGCCACGAAGACCGUUAAGCAUCACGAUGGGACGAGCACAGUGCUGAAAUACCAUGAGCCACCCGAGGCACGCAAGCCCGUGCAGGGAUGGAGGCUAUAUGUAUUCAAGGGCAAGGAACAAGUUGACCUGCUUCACAUACAUAGGCAGAGUGCAUAUCUCAUAGGUCGGGACCGCACGAUCGCAGAUUUGACUAUUGAUCAUCCGUCCUGUUCGAAGCAACACGCAGUCAUACAAUUCCGGCUAGUCAAGGAGAAGAACGAGCUUGGCGACGUUAAGAACGUAAUAAAGCCUUUCAUCAUUGACUUGGAGUCGACGAACGGGACGCAUGUCAACGAUGACGUUAUCCCGACGUCGCGUUACUACGAGUUGAAGCCCGGUGACGUGAUCAAAUUUGGAGAGUCGCAGCGGGAAUACGUGUUGCUGCAUGAUGAAGCUACAUGACAUGAGUGACUAAAACCGUGUUCCGCUUCUGCUCAGGUCUCAAUGCAGGGGCGAGUAGUAUGCGCAUGGAUCUCAGGGUGGCAGCUCUACGGCACUGAAAAUCCAGCAUGCGCAUCAUCGUAAUCAUGUAUCACUGAUAUUUUUCAAUGUGAAAGCGGGAUAGUGAUAGGUGUGAAAGAUGUUGCUAGUUCACAGGAAACCGUAUUUGCCCACAUUGAG